AUGGAAGCAUCUAGAACAGGAGUCACGUGUUGGUCAGCUGCUCUGAUGGUGAUGAAUGGUGCUAUCCUGCAGCAGGUGUUUGUGGUGGAUUAUGUUGUUCAGUCCCAAAUGUGUGGAGACUGCCAUAGAGUAGAAGCUAAGGAUUUCUGGAAGGCUGUGAUCCAAGUCAGGCAGAAGACUCUGCACAAGAAAACUUUCUACUAUCUGGAACAGUUGAUUCUGAAAUAUGGAAUGCAUCAGAAUACACUACGUAUCAAGGAGAUUCAUGAUGGUCUGGAUUUUUAUUAUUCUUCAAAACAACAUGCUCAGAAGAUGGUGGAGUUUCUUCAGGGUACAGUUCCCUGUAGGUACAAAGCAUCACAAAGAUUGAUCUCCCAGGAUAUUCAUAGUAACACAUACAAUUACAAGAGUACUUUUUCUGUGGAAAUUGUUCCAAUAUGCAAGGAUAAUGUUGUCUGUUUAUCACCAAAACUCGCACAGAGCCUUGGAAAUAUGAGCCAGAUAUGUAUUUGUAUUCGAGUAACUAGUGCCAUCCAUCUCAUAGACCCAAACACCCUACAAGUUGCAGAUAUUGAUGGAAACACUUUCUGGAGUCAUCCUUUCAAUAGUUUAUGCCAUCCUAAGCAGCUCGAAGAGUUUAUUGUCAUAGAAUGCAGCAUAGUCAGAGAUCUGAAGCGGAGUGCGGGGGCUGGGGUGAUAUCAAAAAAG